UAAAUAUUUUUUGGGCGCGACUCAAAGAAAGCAUUACCAAUCCCCCCUAUCCAUAACUCUACCAUCGUCUUCCCUUCCCUUCCCUUCCCUUUCCAUUCCAAUGGCCGCUGCUGCUACCACAACCACCACCUUCCAGAGAACACCCACCCUCCAUCUGCCCCUAACACCAAAUCGAUUUACCUCCUACUCCAAGUUCUCUUCUGCAUCUUUUCAACGCAGCAGACAGUCAUGGCCAACACAACUUCCCCUUAUGUCCUCCAAGUCCUCAAUCUCUCCCCCUUAUAAGUUAUCUCGUCUCCCAGUUGGCUUCUUCUUCUGCUCCGCUUCUUCACACGACGAAACCCUUGUGACUGAAGAUGAAAAGGGCGUCGCCACCGAAGAAUUUCAAUCCCAGGAGGAUACAGAAGGCACUACUACAGAGGUUGACUCAAGCGAGAGUGAUGGUAGUGAAGUGGAAGAAUCGCCUGCAUCCAUUUUAGCAUCACUACAGUCAUACAAAGAGGCAUUGGCAGAUAAUAACGAGUCAAAAAUAGCUGAAAUUGAAAGUCAUUUCAAGUCAAUUGAAGAUGAAAAGUUGGGUUUAGAAAGACAAGUGGCAACACUAUCGGAUGAGCUUUCAACUGCAAAAGAUCGAGUUCUUAGGAUAAGUGCAGAUUUUGACAAUUUCAGGAAAAGGACAGAAAGGGAACGUGUCACAUUGGUAGCAAAUGCUCAAGGUGAAGUUGUUGAGAGUCUUUUGGCUGUUUUGGACAACUUUGAAAGAGCUAAAGCACAAAUAAAAGUGGAGGGUGAAAAAGAGGAGAAAAUUAAUAACAGCUACCAGAGUAUAUACAAGCAAUUUGUGGAGAUUUUAGGCUCUCUUGGUGUUGUUUCUGUGGAAACAACCGGACAACCAUUUGAUCCAUUGGCAAAUCCCAGAGCCAGAGUUGGCUCGAAAUUCAGUCGAGUACUUGAUGAUCUUUUUCAAAGGAUGGAAAAACUUUAUUCAGCAAUUAUGCGUGAGGAGUCAACUGAAUAUGAUGAAGGUGUGGUAAUUCAAGAAUUUCGCAAAGGGUUCAGAAUUGGUGAGAGGCUUUUGCGUCCAUCAAUGGUGAAAGUUUCUGCUGGGCCAGGACCUGGAAACACUGAAUCAGUGGGCCCAUCAGAACCAGAGGGUCAAGCUCCAGAAGAAGAAGAAGUCGAGAGGGGUGUGUCGACUCGUGCCUUUGCCUCCUGUAGUUAG